GUCUGUCCGUCACACACUCAAGACCCGACCAACACAUCUUCAUCACAGACAGAAAGAGAUAAUCGUUUGUGUUUGCAAGGCAUCAUGGCAGAGCGGGUGUUGGUGAUUGGCAGUGGAGGACGAGAGCAUGCGCUGGCUUGGAAGUUGGCACAGUCACCUCAUGUUCAGCAAGUCUUCGUGGCGCCCGGUAACGCGGGCACCGCCAACUGUGGGAAGAUCUCUAACUCUGCGGUGUCGGUGAGCAAUCACUCUAUUUUAGCUCAAUACUGUAAAGAUCAUAACGUGGGGCUUGUGGUUGUUGGUCCAGAAGUGCCAUUAGCUGCAGGUAUAGUAGAUGACCUGAUAGCAGCGGGCGUGGCGUGUUUUGGCCCGUCGGCAAAGGCUGCACAGCUGGAGGCCAGCAAGAGUUUCUCCAAGUCUUUCAUGGAUCGUCACGGUAUUCCGACGUCUCGCUGGAGCUCCUUCACUGAUCCACACGAUGCCUGCAGAUACAUUCGAGGGUCUGAUUUUCCAGCUCUGGUGGUGAAAGCGAGUGGUCUGGCCGCAGGUAAAGGUGUUGUCGUCGCUCAGGAUAAAGACGAGGCUUGUCAGGCGGUUCUGGACAUGAUGAAGGAUAAGACGUUUGGUUCUGCUGGUGAGACUGUGGUGGUGGAAGAACUACUUGAAGGAGAGGAAGUAUCUUGUCUGUGUUUCAGUGACGGCUUCACGGUCGCGCCGAUGCCUCCAGCACAAGAUCACAAGCGUCUGAUGGAUGGAGAUCAAGGACCAAACACCGGCGGGAUGGGAGCGUACUGCCCAACACCACAGGUUCAUGAUGAAAUGUUGGAAGAGAUCAAGAAAUCUGUUCUUCAGAAGACUGUGGAUGGAAUGAGAGAUGAGGGAACACCAUAUGUUGGUGUGUUGUACGCAGGACUGAUGUUAACUAAACAGGGACCGAAAGUCCUGGAGUUCAACUGUCGGUUUGGCGACCCUGAGUGUCAGGUUCUGAUGCUGUUGUUGAAGUCCGAUCUGUAUGAGGUGUUGAAGUGCACUCUGCAGUGCACACUACGCUCUACUCCAGUGGAGUGGCUAGCAGACGCAGCUGCCGUCACUGUCGUCAUGGCCAGCGGAGGAUAUCCAGGAUCAUAUAAGAAGGGCCUGGACAUCGCCGGAUUGUCUCGGGUAUCAGAGAUGGGCAUCCAGGUGUUUCACGCGGGCACUGCCCUGAAGGAAGGGGGCGGGGUUAUUACUAACGGUGGCCGCGUUUUGACGGUCACGGCGGUUCGACCGACCCUGGAGAGCGCGUUACACAUCGCUAACGAAGGCGUGGCUGCGAUCAGCUUCCCCGAUGCUGUUUACCGCCGUGACAUCGGCCACCGCGCCAUUGCUCACCUCACUCGCUCCAGAGGACUGACUUAUAAAGACAGUGGUGUGGACAUCGCCGCAGGAAACAGACUGGUGGACAUUCUCAAACCGCUGGCGAAGGCUACAUCACGAGCAGGGUGUAACGCGGAGCUCGGCGGGUUCGCGGGACUCUUUGACCUGAAAGCAGCUGGUUUUAUUGACCCCAUCCUGGUGUCUGGAACUGAUGGAGUGGGCACCAAACUCAAGAUCGCUCAGGCGUGUAACAUCCACGGCUCAUUGGGUCAGGAUCUGGUGGCCAUGUGUGUGAAUGAUGUUCUAGCUCAGGGUGCAGAACCGCUCUUCUUCCUCGACUACUACUCCUGUGGACAUCUGGACGUUGGAGUUGCGUCUGCUGUCAUUGGCGGGGUCGCGGAAGCUUGUAAAAUGGCUGGAUGUGCUUUAUUAGGUGGUGAAACGGCAGAGAUGCCGGGUGUGUACGGUGCCGGCGAGUAUGAUCUGGCGGGGUUCUGUGUAGGGGCCGUCGAGCGAGGAGCCAUUCUGCCCCGACUGAAUGACAUCGUGGAGGGAGAUCUGCUCAUCGGUGUCGCCUCUUCUGGAGUUCACAGUAACGGUUUCAGUUUGGUGCGCAAAGUCCUGGAGAGAACCGGACUGCAGUACAACUCGCCUGCUCCAUUCGGACAACCAGGACAGAAUAUCGGUGAGGUUCUCCUCACACCAACAAAGAUCUACAGUCGUUCGCUUCAACCAAUCCUCCGCAGUGGAGUAAUGAAGGCCUACGCUCACAUCACGGGCGGCGGACUUGUGGAGAAUAUUCCUCGAGUUCUCCCAGCAGAACUGUCUGUGGAACUGGACGCGUCCCGUUGGCGUAUUCCUCCCGUGUUCUCGUGGCUUCAGCAUGAGGGGUGUCUGUCAGAGGAGGAGAUGAAACGCACGUUUAACUGCGGUCUAGGGGCCGUUCUGGUGGUCAGUAAACGGGACGCUCAGAGGGUUUUGAGGCUUCUGCAGGCGCAUGAGGAAGCCUGGAUCGUCGGAUCAAUCGCUCACAAACAAGCUGGAGCAGAGGCUGUGGUCAUUCGAAACCUGGAGGCGAGUUUAAAGGACAGUCCCGGCCGUUCGCCCGACACCAGCGCCCUGCAGAACGGAGCAGCUCAUGGGGAGAAUGCCACACGCAAGAGGACCAAAGUAGCUGUGCUCAUCUCUGGAACUGGAACGAAUCUUCAAGCUUUGAUGGAUCAGGCAAAGAAACCCUCGAGCUCUGCUGAGAUUGUGGUGGUCAUAUCAAACAGACCGGGCGUGCUGGGACUGAAGAGAGCUUCCAUGGCGGGCAUUCAGACACGGCUUGUGGAUCAUAAGCUUUACGGUAGCAGAGCGGAGUUUGACGGCACUAUAGAUAAGGUUCUGGAGGAGUUCGGGGUGGAACUCGUGUGUUUGGCUGGAUUCAUGAGAAUCCUCACUGGACCCUUCGUCAGGAAAUGGAACGGAAAGAUGUUGAAUAUUCACCCGUCACUGCUGCCGUCGUUUAAAGGUGUAAACGCUCAGAAACAGGCGCUGCAGGCGGGAGUUCGAGUAACUGGCUGCACUGUACACUUUGUGGCGGAGGAAGUGGACGCCGGAGCCAUCAUUGUACAGGAGGCGGUUCCUAUCCUGGUGAAUGACACCGAAGAUGGCCUAUCGGAGCGCAUUCGAGAGGCGGAGCACCGCGCCUUCCCCGCCGCGUUAGAACUUGUCGCCAGCGGAUCCGUAAAGAUGAGAGAUGACGGUCGGAUCAUGUGGAGUCAGUCCAUUCGGGGAUAGAUGAUGUUUUGACGUUACGAUAAUGACACUUCUGAACGCACACGCAAACGGCUUUAAAGUCCUUCAUUUCAGCUGUUUAUGUGAUCAUAAAAUCACAUCAAACAUUCCAAAUAAUAUUUCAACAUUCCAUAAAGCAUUCCAUUGCUUUUUAAAAGCUCUUCGUAACAUUCCUUUAUAAACGGUUGGUUUUACUGUUACUUGGACACUUCAUUUCCUGGUUUAAAUGCUGAACAGUGUUAUAAAAACUGAUUGACAAGUGUAUCGAAUCUCUGCUCGAUCGGUGAUGGAUUUGCAUGUAACAGAAGAUUACAAUAUAAACAUUUGCUUUUGGCAUUAAACUUGCACUGGUCUAUG